CCUGAGUAGCUGUGAUCAGCACACCUUUCAGCUACGCCCAUCUUUGUCCAUACCAGUUUUGCUCAGCCUGUGUAGGAAAUGGCAGCAACAACUAUUUCAAUCGAACAAGACCAGUUUUGUUGUUCAGUGUGCCUGGAGGUUUUAAGAGACCCGGUGACGAUCCCCUGUGGACACAGCUACUGUUUGGACUGCAUUGAAGACUACUGGAACAGGGCCAAGCAGAAAGCCCAGUACAGCUGCCCACAGUGCCGGCAGGUGUUUAAUCCGAGGCCUCUGCUGAGCAGAAACACAGUUCUGGCUGAAGUGGUGGAGAAGUUUCAACAAUCUGGAUUUCAAGCUGCGGCUAAACUCUUGGGCAAACCAGAGGAGGUGAAAUGUAGUGCUUGCACAGUGAGAAAAACCAAAGCUGUUAAAUCUUGCCUCGUAUGCUCGGAGUCUUACUGUGCGGCUCACUUGAGAGUCCACGAAGACCGCUUCCGGGGGAAGACCCAUAAGUUGGUUCCAGCUGUAGAACAGCUGAGACAGAAGCUGUGCCCACACCAUGAUAAAGCAUUAAAGCUUUACUGUCGCACUGACCAGCAGUGUGUGUGUUCCCAGUGUGUUAAAGAGAGACACAAGGGCCAUGACGCAGUCUCAGUUGUGGAUGAGAGAGCAACACAACAGAAAAAACUCCAAGACGCCUCUUUGAAGUCUGUGCAGAAAUUGAAGGACACAGAGAAGGAACUUAGAUACGUUGUCAGAUACAUCAAGCACUCCACAGAAGCAGCAGUGGAGGAGAGUGAGAGGGUUUUUUCCAAGCUGAUCCGCUCCAUAGAGAAACAAAGUAAUGAGGUGAAGGAGGUGAUGAGAGUCCAGGAGAGAGCAGCUGUCAGUCAGGCUGAGGAGCUGCUGGAGAAGAUCCAGAGGGAGAUCGUGGAGCUCAGAAGGACAGAUGCUGAGCUGGAGAAGAUUUCCCGCACUGAGGACCACGUCCACUUCUUUCAGAAGUGCAAGUCUCUUCAUUUCACUGCAAAGUCUAUGGAGAUGCCCAGCACUGAUGCACUUCAAUAUAUGAUGUAUAAAACUAUGAGAACAGCCCUGGCUGAUCUCAAAGGCAGUCUAGAUGAAACACUUGACAAAGAAUUCAGCAGGAUCUCUGAUAAAGUAAUUUCAUUGAAGGAAACCAGCAAUCAAAGUACUUCUGAGAAGACUAAAGCAAAGGACACUGACCAUACCAUUCAACCAUUCAACUCAGAACCAAAGACAAGAGCAGAUUUUCAACAGUAUUACAACGACUUAACCCUGGACCCGAACACAACCAACCCUUAUCUAAGCUUCUUUGAAGGUCGAAGAGGGGUGACCACCCGUUCGGAGCCACAGCCCUACCCAGACCACCCACAACGCUUCACCAGCUGGGCCCAGGUGCUGUGCAGGGCUGGGAUGGCUGGACGCUGCUACUGGGAGGUAGAGUGGGCUGGUAAUGGAGGCGUUUCCAUCGGCGUCUGCUACAAAACGAUGGGCAGGAGUGGAGGAGGGAGCGACAGCAAGCUUGGACACAACUCCAAAUCCUGGAGCCUGGACUGCUCUAACUCAGUCUGUUCAUUUCAGCACAACAAGGAGAGCGUGACCAUCGGCACUCCCUGCUGCAGCAGGAUAGGAGUGUAUCUGGACUUCAGGGCCGGGACUUUGUCUUUCUAUAAUAUUUCUGAAACAAUGGUUUUACUCCAUAAAGUCAAGACUACAUUUACCCAGCCUGUAUACCCAGGCUUUUGGGUGGGUUUGAGCUCUACUUUGAGGGUGUGCUCUCUUUAAACGUGAAGGUGAGUGCGCUCCAUCAACAGUUCUCAAGUAAACGUAUGGGGUUUAAAAUAUUAUCGUUGGACUGAGAAUAAUUAGGAGACUGAGACAGAUGUUAGUGAUCAAAACUUAGCAUUUUAGUUACCAUGCAAGCCAGAACAGCAGAAACACUAUGGUGAAGUAGGUAAGCAGCUAGUGGAGCUAAGAUCUUAUUGAAGGCAGCAACAUCCAGACUUUGGAUCUUCAAAAGGAAAGAAAAGUACAAUAACUCAAGGUGUAUAUUUAUUGGAGCAUAUUUAUGUUAUGUAGUGAUGUAUUUCAUCUCAUCCAUUUCAUUUUUAAUGAGUCAUUUGUACAUCAGAGCUAUUUUAUUUAAAUUGAAUAAUAAAGGAUUUAAUGUCAUAUACACAUCAUCAGAUUAUACAUUUCUUUUCAUAAUUCAAGGAGGUAAUUCCCCGUAACAUUUGAAA